CUAAGAAUCCCAAUUGACCGUAUAGGCUGCUAGUGAGCGGCAGAGGACAGGAGCGCUAUGGCGGGGGACGAGUACGGUGAACCUGCCAAAUUUGACCCCAGUUUUAAAGGUCCAAUCAAGUCUCGGAGCUGUACAGAUAUCAUUUGCUGUAUCCUGUUCAUGGUUUUCCUGCUGGGAUAUAUGGCAGUUGGAAUCUUAGCAUGGUUAUACGGAGACCCUCGUCAAGUGAUAUUCCCCCGAAAUUCAACAGGGAUGUACUGCGGUGUUGGAGAAAAUAAGGAUAAGCCUUAUGUCCUGUAUUACGAUUUACUGAAGUGUGUCACGGGUAUAAACAUCUUGGCUGCUGCAAUGAAUGGGCUCCAGUGUCCCACCACCCAGGUUUGUGUCACUGAAUGCCCUGCUGAUUUCAAAUGGGCAAAAUUCGGACUGGGUCCUAAGGAUGUAUUUGACCAGCAAUAUUGCCAGCCAAGUAUUAAUCUGAAUAUUACAUCCCUGACAGUGUCCCAAAUUAUCAAUCAAGAGCUUUGUCCUGUUUUCCUUGUUCCUUCUACCCCCUUUUUUAACAGAUGUUUCCCGAAAGUGAACCUUACUUUCCCGUCAGACUUUACAGUUGAUGGAAUGGGUUUUGACCAAACCAGAGGCAACAUCGCUAAUGCUUCCAGUCAGAUUAUAGAUUCCUUCAAUUUCCAGAAUCUCGGAAAGAAAAUCUUUGAGGAUUUUGCAAAAGCCUGGCCUUAUAUUCUCAUAGCUCUGGCUAUUGCUAUGAUCGUCAGUCUACUCUUCCUGAUCCUGCUGCGCUUCACGGCUGGCAUCCUGGUCUGGGUUCUGAUUGUUGGUGUCAUUGGAGUUAUAGGAUACGGAAUAUACCAUUGCUACAUGGAGUAUGAUAUCCUGAAUAAGAGUGGACAGACCAUUUCAGACGUAGGAUUCACCUUCAAUCUCUCAGUGUAUAGAAAUGUUAAAGAAACAUGGCUAGCGAUCUUAAUAGUGCUGGCUGCUGUCGAGGUGAUUCUCCUAUUAGUGCUGCUGUUCCUCAGAAAGAGAAUACUAAUUGCAAUUGCGCUGAUCAAGGAGGCCAGCAAGGCAAUAGGUCAUAUCAUGUCCUCUCUCUUCUAUCCAGUCAUCACGUUCGUCCUUCUAAUCGUCUGUGUCGCAUACUGGGGAAUUACUGCUCUAUACCUUGCCACAUCUGGAGCACCAUUAUACAUAAUCUCAACCCUGAACUCCAGCAACCCAGGCUGCGAGAAUCUCACUGGAAAAACACAGUUUUGCGAUCCCAUGACCUUCAAUUCAUCUAAUCAGUCCUGCCCCCAGGCUCGUUGUAUCUUCUAUAGCUACAACAAAGAAGGUCUGUUCCAGAGUAACCUCUUUAACCUGCAGAUAUAUAAUGUCUUCGGUUUCUUGUGGUGCCUCAACUUUGUAAUUGCUCUGGGUCAAUGCACCUUGGCUGGGGCAUUUGCGUCCUAUUACUGGGCUUUCAACAAACCCAAAGACAUUCCAUUCUUCCCUGUGUCUGCUUCCUUCAUGAGAACCCUGAGAUAUCACACAGGGUCUCUUGCGUUUGGAUCCCUCAUCCUUACCAUUAUUCAGCUAAUCCGAAUUCUCCUGGAGUAUCUGGAUCACAAGCUGAAAGAUGCCCAGAAUCCCUGCACACGGUUUAUCCUAUGUUGCCUGAAAUGCUGCUUCUGGUGUUUGGAGAAGUUCAUCAAAUUCCUAAAUCGAAAUGCGUAUAUAAUGAUUGCAAUCUAUGGAAAGAAUUUCUGUGUUUCUGCUAAAAAUGCAUUUAAGCUGCUGAUGAGAAACAUUGUCAGGGUCGUUGUCUUGGACAAAGUCACAGAUUUGCUUAUAUUCUUUGGAAAACUGCUUGUGGUGGGUGGAGUAGGUGUCCUUGCAUUCUUUUUCUUCAGUGGUCGACUUCCAAUUCCUAAUGAUCAAUUCAAAUCCCCAACUCUAAAUUAUUACUGGAUCCCCAUCCUGACGGUGGUUGUCGGUUCAUACUUCAUUGCUCAAGGAUUCUUUAGCGUGUAUAACAUGUGCGUGGACACCUUAUUCCUGUGCUUCUUGGAGGAUUUAGAACGUAAUGAUGGAUCACAAGAGAAGCCAUAUUACAUGCCAAAGUCCCUCAUGUCAAUUCUAAAUAAAAAGAAUCGACCACCACAGAAAGAGAAGAAAAAGAAGAAAUAAUUUCUUGUCUGUUUGAGCUCACUUCCUGUUUCAGCACCGCUACUUCCAUUCAAAAUGGACACAACUUCCUGCCUCAUCUGACAUAAUUUCCUUUAUGGCAGGCUGGAAAUUUACUGCUGUGAUUUUUUUAAUUUUUGUUUUGUAUUCCCGUUUGUCCUUAUGUCAGACUUCCAUUUUUGCGUGUAUGGAAGGCAUUUUGUUUACAUUUCACUCCGUUUGAGAAAUAGGGUUUCAGAGAGAGCGAGAGAAUAGGGUUCGUGUGACGCUGCAACCCUUUCUAUGACCUCAUUUCCUUCAACCAUAGUAUAUUCCUGCAUAAAUUAUUAUUUCAAAAUGGAAGUUUUGCUGCACUAUUAAUGUUGAUUAUUGCUUGCUUUUUAUUUGAUAGUAGAUGUACUUCAGAUUUUAUUUUUUAUUUAUUACAUGAACCCAAUUUUUUUUUAUAAUUCAGAUAGAGUGUAAACUUAAAAAAAAAAAAAGCUUUACAAUUUCUUUCAUAAAAUGUACUUUCUUCUCUGGGAAGCCUUUGUUGAUGAGCAGGUAGGUAGGUUCAGGAGUGUGAAGCAUAAUAUGGUAGCAGUUUUGCAAGAAUGUAUAUUAACAUCACAAACACUGCUAUCUAUUGUUCUAAAGUGUAUACAUGCACGCUACCUACCUAGGUAUCUCUUUAACAAAGAAUAUCAUGAGCACAAAGUAAUAUUUGAUAAUGGAAGUUAGAUGUAAACUAUAUGCUCUAUCCAAAUCAUGAAAGAAAAAAUGUAGGUUCCAUGUCCCUUAAAAUUGCACUCCUAUGCCACUUCAGAUAAGGAUACAUCCAAUGAGCUAAUCAGGAACAGGCAUACAUACAUAUGCUCCAUACACUGGGCACUUGCUAUUCUGGAGCAGAAUGAAUGUUUAUAUAGGGAAACAAAUUUGACCAAUUUUGAGUUAAAAUCUAGUAAAAGAAAUGUUGUUUAAAAAUAAUGAUUAUUUUUUUCCAACUGGACUGUCCCUUUAAUACUCCCUUAAUAGAAUCCCUUUAUUAUUUUGUUUGUAUCUUUUUAUAGAUCUAUUUUUAUAGAUAUGGCAGAUUAUUUCUCAAAAUUUAAAUUCUUUUUUUUUUUGUCAGUUUAUCUCUCAAAAUGUAAAUUAUUAAAUAUGUAAAGACUUAAAACACUCAAAAGUAUUCUGGUAGAAUCCUUUUUUUUAAUUAGGGUAUAAAAAACUUUUUUAUAUAAAUUCUGGUUGGGAGAAGCAUUGUUACUGAAGCAAACAUUACGUAUUUUAUUAAAUUAGAGCAUUUACGCGUUUUGCCUUAGAAUGUUCUCUUAAUGCCAUAAAGCAGGUUGAGAUCUGUGCAUAUCCUAAAAGGGCUAAUUAAUUUAAAAUAGUUUGCAUACAUUUUUUUUAUUAAUAAUUGCUUGUAAGUAUUUUAAAAUAAUUUUCAAAAAUAAGCAAAAUGAAUUACAUAGCUAAGCUGCCUGGAGCAGCUAACUCCACCCCUCUUAUCUGUAUUUAGACACAGGCAUUGUAUUUCAACUGAGUUCACAGCUUCUAGGCAUGCUCCAGCAGGUAAUCCCUAUCCACUUUUGCAUUUUACCAAAAGAAAAAUAAACAUAGAUACAGCCAUUAAAGUAAUUGUGUGGGGGGAGUUAGAACUUUACAAUUCAGAAACUAAAAAGAAAGGGUUAAUGGCGAGGCACUCCAGUAUAAAUUUGCAGGUAAAGUAAUUAAAGUACAUAUUAUAUUAUUUUGUCUCUAUCCCAACUUGUUUUAUGUCCCUUUAAGGAAAUCAGCAUAUUUAAAUACAAUUUCUUUUGCACUUUUUUUCUUUAUAAUUUGUCCUGUCAAUUCUCAGUUUACAAGAGGAGGAUGGUAUAUACUGAUUGGCUGGACAUUUUCCCAGAAUACAGUAACAGGGUUUGAUUGGGUAAACCUUAUAUAGUAAAUGUAGUAAUAUAAAAAAUAUGCAAAUGAAAGCUAUAUAAAUUACCAAAACAAAAAGAGCAAUUAAAAAAAAGAUAAAAACUAAAAUUGUUCACUUGAUAAAAACUGAUAAAUAUAUUCCACUACAUAAAAAAUGAUUAACUGGAUUUAAAACUGUUUUUAAACUGUGACCCAUUUGGUCUUAGCAUAAUUAUUUCUAUUUUUGAUGUAUAUUAUAAAUAUAUAUUAUAAUUAAAAUAUUUUAACUUUAAACUUUGCAAUUUAUGUAAAUUAACAAAUGUGUCAUGCUCUCAAAUCAUCAAGGAACUAGUGUAGAUGCUGAUUGGUGCGUAUGCAUUGUUAGAACAAAUGUGUGCACCAAUCAGCUUCUGAGAUUUUAUAACCCUUUAGAGAAUUUAAAAGUUUAAAUAUUAAGUAAAUUUGUCAUAAUCCGUUUAAAUGUUUGUGUGGAGUUUCACUGAUAUAACAAAAACAAAGUUUGCUUAUAUUUAAUAUCUAAAAAUCAUGUGUGUUAGUUUUUUGUUUUGUUUUUUUAAAUACUGUUCCUGAGGAGAUUUUUUUUUUUUACCUUUUCAUUGUGCCUUUUUCAGUUGUCCUGUUGAAAAUUUUUGUACAUGUAUAUUUGUUCACCAGCUUACAACUCCUAGAGAGCUUCAACUUGUGUUAAAGGGUCAAUAAAUAAUUGCUUUGUUAGAAGUGUAAAAGACUAUGCAAACUGCUGUGUAACAAGUUUAGCGCUCCUCAUGGGUGUGGUCUUUAGAUACUCGACUAACGACCCCUAACCUGAAACAAUUUUUUUUUUCUUCAUAGUCGGGGGCAGUACAGCCAAUCAGCAGUAAGAGAAGCAGAAAUGUGUUUGAUAUAUUUCUAUAGAGCAGGUGAUAUGGCUCUUGAUUGGCUGUAAUGCCUAAGAAUAUUUUUAAAAAGUAAGUUUAGAUUAGGGGCAAACAGACGAGUAAGUAAAUAUGCUACUAUGUGUUUGUGCUCCUGUUAGGGGAACUUAUUACUAAUUCAAAAGCCAAAAAUGACAAAAAUUUAAGCCACAACAUCUUAAUAACUUUCAUGGGAAUAUAGCUAAAAUGAAGGAAUAUUUAUGUUCAACAUGCACUUUAAUAUGUGUAUAUAUAUAAUAUUAAUGUAGGCAAUAUUUUAUCUAUGAAUUAACAAAAGAUUUUAAUGAAAUAUUAAAUCACAUUUCAAUGUAUAGAGAGAUGACGUGUAUAAAUAUAUUUUGUAUAGAUAUACUGCUGAGAUUAUUUCUAUUUUGUACGAAUUACUUAAUAAAUAAAAUAAAUAAA